CUAUCAGAACACCCUCACAAAGAUGGCCGCCUACUUUUGCCCCUGACAACUGCGUAAUCGGCGAACGACUUGCCGUUGCCCGCUUCAAAUCACUCGCGCAAAACCCGACUAAGCGUGUACGUUUCUGAGUGUGUUCAAGGAAGGAACAGUGCGACGGAAUGGCGGGCGUUCCGGCGGCCGCGGCACCCGUGCUUGACCAGGUGGAAGAGGACGCGUCGGAGCUGCAGUUCCCCAAGGAGUUCGAGAACGCCGAAACCCUCCUAAUCAGCGAGGUCCACAUGCUGCUUGAGCACCGCAAGCAGCAAAACGAGAGCGCCGAGGAAGAACAGGAACUCUCGGAGGUGUUCAUGAAGACGCUGGGCUAUUGCCAGCGGUUCAGUCGGUUCAAGAACCGGGAGACCAUCACAGCCGUGCGGCAGUUGCUGGCCCAGAAGAAGCUGCAUCGCUUCGAGCUCGCCCAGCUGGCCAACCUGUGUCCCGACAAUCCGGAGGAGGCACGCGCCCUCGUGCCCAGCCUUGAAGGGCGUUUCGAGGACGACCAGCUCCGGCAAAUACUGGAUGAUAUCCAGACACAGCGCAGCUUCCAGUACUGAGACCCCCCGUUGUACUGUCUGGUGUUGUACGAAAGUGUCUGCACAGUGUAAAUUUCCAAUAAAUAAGACCAGUGUUUAUUUAUUUAUUAUGGUCAAAGCCUUCA